GACUCGAGAAGCUGCACAACACCAGCCAACCCCUUUCACCAAAGCAACCAACUGAACAGGACCAACGAAACCAAAAACAGCAACACGGAAAGCAACACCAAAAUGGCCACGCCCAAACCCCUCCGCCAAACAACCCACCCCCCUCUAAUCCUCAACCCCCUCCAGCGCACCCCCCUCCUCAACACCUCCACCCACCACCCCUCCCCCGAACCGACCCUCCCCAUCGCCCACAGCAAACACCACCCGCAGCACCUCCAAGCCCACCCCGAGCAACCCCCUCCUGAGAAGGCGGGGACAAAAGAAAAAGAAAAAGAAACCGAAUCCGACCCCGCCUCCAUCUUCUUCAUCGGCACCGCCACCACCCUCAUCACCCACCCCCCCCUCCGCAUCCUAACCGACCCCAACUUCCUGCACGCCGGUUCCCACAUCCACCUCGGCCCCGCCGUGUCCGCCACGCGGCUCACCGACCCCGCCAUCCCCGACCUCGCCGCCCUGCCCCCGCUAGAUGUUGUGCUGGUGUCGCAUUACCACGAGGAUCAUUUUGAUCGGGGGGUGCAGCGGGCGUUGGGGCGGGAUGUGCCGAUUGUGACGACGAGGCAUGCGAAGGGGUGUUUGGAGGGGGUUGGGGAGGAUGAGGGUGGGGGGUUUAGGAGGGUUUGGGGGCUGGGGGAGUGGGAGGGGGUGGUUAUGCCGUUGGCGGAUGAGUAUGUUGAUUAUGUGAGGGGGGUUGGUGGUGGUGAUGCCAAUGGUGGUGGUGGUGGUGGGGAUGGUCUGGAUGGGGGGAAGAGGGCGGCGGUGAGGGUGACGGGGCUGCCGGGGAAGCAUGUCCCGCCGGGGCCGAUCGAGGUGGCGAAUGAGUUGCUCGGGGCGGUGCCGCCGACGAAUGGGUGGUUGGUGGAGUUGGGGUGGACGAACGGGGAGGAAAAAGGGGUGGAGGGGUUUGAGACGGGGUAUAGGAUUUAUAUCUCGGGGGAUACGCUUAUGGUGGAUGAGUUGAAGGAGAUACCGGAGCGGCUGCGCGGGGAUAAGAUCGAUCUGAUGUUGGUGCAUCUGGGCGGCACGACGAUUCCUGGGCCGAAGAUGCCGUUGCUCAUGGUCACGAUGGAUGGGGAACAGGGGGUAAAGCUGAUGCAGCUGGUGGAUCCGGACGUGACGGUGCCGAUUCACUUUGACGAUUAUGAUGUGUUUUGCUCGCCGCUGGACGACUUCAAGAAGCAGGUGGAUGCGGCUGGGUUGGGGGACAAGGUGGUGUAUUUGGACCGCGGGGACGAGUACCGGUUCACAGUCAGGGGGGGAGAGGCAUGAUGAUGAUCCGUCGUCUAUUCAGUGCAACUUGAAAACAAAAACAAAAAGAAAAGCCAGAGCGCCGUUUACUCCUACA